GGCUCCGUUUGGCGAACAUAAAACGAGGCGCCAGUGUCCUCUCGCCGCCACUUGCUCCUGAGUCCCCACGCAGUGCGUACCGGUGUUCGCGUCACUCCAAGUCAAGCGCUUAUCAGGCUUCGAUAUGGUAUCCAACAACAACGGAAACUCACAGACCGAUCCCGAAGUGAUGGCGCAGCUACAGCUCUCACAGCUACAGCUCCUCGGUCAGUUACUGGCUUAUGCUCAGUCUGCGUCUCAAACACCUCCCGUGGCGCGCGGUACGGGACCUGUCCACCAAGAAGCUAGUACGCCGAUCGCUGGAACCUCAGGCACUCCCUCACGGAAAAGGAGUCGAAAUGACAACGGCAACGAAUCUUACAACAGCCCAGGCACAUCGGUCGCAGCGCAAGGCCUGCCAUCGCCCCCGGGACCAUUUGGCUCUCAGAGCGGAUCACAAGUUUCGAAAGAGGAGGAGGAAUUAGCAGACGCGGCUCUGAGUGCUAUCGGAAAUCUCUUCGAAUGGGCCAGCUUUGCGAGAAGCGACGUUAAAGCAAAGGUGUUCUCACUCGGAGAGAAGGGCGUUCUGUCGUGCCCCCUGCAAUGUGGCUUCCAGGAAGUUUGCAGUCGCACGGAUAGACGGAAUAAUUUCUCCGUUGUGGACUUUACCAAGCACGUCCAGUCCUGCAUUGCAGAAAUGUUGCUGGAUCAUUGUUGUAUGAAACGCGAACGUGGACAGUUCCUCCGGGCCUUAAUCAAUAAACGUGCCAGUCAAGGUGGUCACGGGUAUAGUUAGGCACUAGUUUAAAAACGAGCAUUAGUAUUUAUUUUUCCUAAUUAAAUGGGCUACUUUUUACGAGAGAUGAAGUGACUUUGUUUGGGGUACUUUAAAACAAUACUCUGAAAUCAAGCACUGUGAGUCACUUACAAUUUUAGAAUGAAUUGUUACGCUUCGAAGUGCAAAUGUACAGCAAUCUUCGCCUGACGUGAAACCCUAUCUCUAUGCCAAAAAGAAUAUUUAUCAAUAAAGAACUGUGAAGCAG